AUGGAUGGCGUGUCCGGCGCCAGCGAAGGGGAUCCUGACUGUCGGGUUCGACAGAAAAAUAGAGACGACACGACGGCGACCCCAACGACCAAGACAAGACUGGCGACACGGCCCAGCGAGGCAAGCUGCUGCCCUGUUCAAAGUGGCGCCGGCCCCACUAUUCAGGCUAGUCCCGCGGCCGUGGAUUGGAUGGCAGCUAGGGGCUCAACUGCGAGGGUGGCGGCACAACCAGACCCUUUGGGUGUGUCUUUGGGUGUCCUUUUGCAACAGCAGAGUUGGCGAGAGUGGCUGGUCGCUGCCCAUUUCCAGUCCAGAAAAAAAACCGUUGCACUUGUCGGAUCGCACCUGCGCUGGACCAUGCUAGCCUCUGUGCCUCUUUGCCAGUCGGUGGCGUUUCUCACGCUAGAUUGA